UUAUUAUGAUUGUUGAUAAACUUAUUCCUUAAAGUAGUUCCAUCCAUGUUUUGUUAUUAAAUUUAACAAAAUGGAAAGUUAUAUUGUUAUUUCAUUUGUUGGUGAGGGAUCAUUUGGGCGUGUUUUCAAAGCAAAACAUAAAGAUACAGAUGCUGUUGUUGCUUUAAAAGUUAUACGAAAGAAAGGCAGAUCAUCAAAAGAUUUAAAGAAUUUAAGACAGGAAUGCGACAUACAGAGGCAGUUAAAUCAUCCAAACAUAAUUCGUAUGAUUGAUAGUUUUGAUACAGAGUCCGAGCUAGUUGUUGUUACAGAGUAUGCAGAAAAAGAAUUACAUGGUAUACUUGCUAAAGAAGGUUGUUUGAACGAAGACCUUGUUAAAAAAAUUACCUGGGAUUUAGUUUCUGCAUUGUAUUAUUUACAUUCUCACAGAGUUCUACACAGGGAUUUAAAACCGCAAAAUGUGUUGUUAGAUGUAACCGGCCGAGCAAAGCUUUGUGAUUUUGGACUUGCUCGUAUAAUGACUAACACAACUCAUAUACUUACAUCAAUCAAAGGGACACCAUUGUAUAUGGCGCCUGAAUUAAUAGAUGAAAAACCUUAUGACCACCAGGCAGAUCUAUGGUCACUUGGCUGCAUUGUGUAUGAAUUGAUGGCUGGUCAACCUCCCUUCUGUACUAUGUCUAUCUGGCAACUAGUUCGAAUGAUUAGACACAAACCAGUGCAAUGGCCUAGUUUCAUCAGUCCUGAUGCAAGGUCAUUUUUACAGGGCCUGUUACACAAAGACCCAGUGAAAAGAAUGAGUUGGCCAGAAAUAUUAGAACAUCCUUUCAUAGCAGGACAUGUGCUCAUUUUACCGGAGGACAAACAAAGUGACUCACCAUUCACUAAACCUUUAUCAUGCAGCCAACAGGAAGCUAAAUUCUUACAGACGGAGAAAAUUUGUAAAAACACCAAACUAGCUAACAAAAAUAUGAGAACAGAAAACGAAAUUAAAGCUGAAACUAGAGAACAUGAUUUGAGGAAUGUUCGUGGUGUGAUGCAAGCAAUGGAACUUGUGCCAAUGUCAGAUGACGACAGCAUAAGGGCAACAAGUGCAUUUAGUGUACGAGACAGCUUAAAAACAGACGACGAAGAUCAAUCACAACCAAUAACAGCAGCAAAUGCUAAAUUACUAAGACAUGAAUUUAAUGUUAUGAAUAAUUCCAACCUAGUUGUUUGUAAUCUUGAAAAGAAUUUGGCACAACUUAUGGCUAAUCCUAAAGGCGACCUAAGCAAAAUGCAUAAAAUUGAUGAAGAAAAACAAGACAUCCAAAAAGAUUCUGUUAAGGAAGUUGAAGUUGAGCCUCACAGUGAGAAUCAAGAAGCGGAUGCGAAACAAAAGUUGAAAACAUCAGACACUGCGUCACAAAGCUUAGAAAAUCCGAAAAGUUCAACAAAAUGCAGCAGCGAAGUUAGUUCCGGUUUAAGUAGAAGUGUACCACCAUCAUACAAGCAGAAGAUAUUACAAUUUUCAAGAGAUAAACUAAGGUUUGCCAGUGGCGGUAAUAGAUUAACAAGAAGUAUUAAAAGAUCAUUCCACUUCAGUAGAAGUCUAGAUAAAAAUAAAGAUGGCCAAAGACGGACCAGUGAACCAGCAAUCGAAAUAGCUAGUAAUGUUGAGAAGAAAACUGUUACAAAUAAAAUAAGAUAUUCCAAAGAAGAUAAGGAUGAGGACAUAGAAAAGUCUGAAAUUAUUGAUGACACUACUGAUGACAAAUUAAUUGCUAAUAAUGAUUGUAUCGCUAAAAAGGAGGAAAAACUUGAAGAAAAGGAACCGUCAAGUAUAGAAUUGGAAGAGUGGGAGGCGUUUCUAAACUCUAAUAUAACUGAAGUAAUGGAUGGAGAUGUUGAGUCACUAACUCAACUAAAUAUGGUCAGCAUGGUGGUGGGCGUAGUGUGCGUGGCGGCACGCGGCGCGGGCGGCGCUCGUGUGUGCGGCGCGGUGGCCGCACUGCUCGCGCUGCCCGCACUCUCGCACUCGUUGCCGCGACACACGCUGCUCAACAUGCAGGACGUUUACCUCGAAGCGAAAGUUGUUUACAACUUUGUGGCCGCAAUAAACACGCUAAUGAAAGACAGCAGAAAUAUCGACGAAGGAGCCGAAGAAAGAGUGCAAGGCGUGGGCCGUAUGGUCGAGGUGUGCGCGUGGCUGUGCGUGCGCUCGUGCCGCGCCGUGCGACAGUUCGCGACGGCCGUCGCCGCGUACGGUGCGCAUCCCGUGUUCACGGACCUACUCGCAUUGUAUGCUAAAACGCCUCGAAUAGGACUGAAUAUAAUUGGUAUUCUAAUAACAGUCCUACAAGAUCUGCCCGAGCACGCCGACGUGGUAGAGAAGAUAUUAUUCGACGAUAACAACUUCAACUUCAUGAAACUUCUAGAACAGUCGAGCGACGCUCUAAGAAUGAGAGUUUGCAUUUUAAUAAGUUUGCUCUGCACAUUUUCCUGUACAGCAUUUUCCGCCGCGAUGGAAUCGAAAUGGACUAAAAAGGAAAGCGACAACCUUGAAUCACUGCAAUCGCAUUGUAAUGUAACCUUAAAUAGGGCAGCUAGGUUAGCUACUAAGGAACUCGGCAAUAUGCCAUUUUAUUUAAGCUGACUUAAAGUUUAUUAAGAAAAUAAACAGCGUUUUUGUUACUUUAUAUAUGAGACAAUAAUUUAAACGGAUUGACAUUUACAACAAAAUUAAGACCCAUGUUAAUGGAUUUUCGUUUUAAAUUUAGAAUUCACAGGAAGCAAUAUGAGAGUUUUAUGUAAUUUAAUUAUUUUAAUGAUUUGUUAGAAGUGUUUUCAUGUUUCCGGAAUAUAUUAAAAAGCUAUGCAUUUAAAGCCAAGUGCAAUAGGUAUAGAGUUCUACAUAUAAAUAGUUGGUAAUUUAAUAGUACAUAAAUAUUUAUGAGGCAUAAGGGCAUGAAAUAUCUCCUCCGGUCUUGUAACCAGAUUAUGAGGGAUUAGAGUACGGAGAGGGAUGUACUUGUGUACCAUAUUGUGCGCUGUUAGCUAAUUUCCAAUGAGAAUAGAAACCAUGACGACAAUCGGUCCAGAGUACAUCAACACCAUCAGGAAAAAAUAGUGUACAUAUCUAAUGUACUUAGAAAAAAUCACUAGUAUGCCAGCGUAAAGCCCAGCACUUGCAUUUAAAAAAAAAACCUAAAAAUUUAUUUGUAUUGUAGCGAGAUUGAUGACCCGAAUUACAUAAGUCUAGAACAACGAUUUUAGAAAUUACUAUUAAUAAAUUUAAAUGCCGUUUCGGCUUGUAUAUAAUACAAUACAUAUCAAGAAUUUUCCGUUAAAACUGAUUAACUGACUGGAAUUAUGGAUUUGGCGAGAUGGCCAAGUGGUAAGAACGCGUGAAUCUUAACCGAUGAACGUGUAUUCAAAUCCGGGCAAAGCAUCUCUGAAUUUUCAUGUGCUUAAUUUCUGUUUAUAAUUCAUCUCAUACUUUUCGGUGAAGGAAAACAUCGUGAGGAAACCUGUAUGUGUCUAAUUUCAUCGAAAUUCUGCCACAUGUGUAUUCCACCAACCCGCAUUGGAGCAGCGUGGUGGAAUAAGCUCCAGACCUUCUCCUCAAAAAGGGAGAGGAGGCCUUAGCCCAGCAGUGGGGACAUUUAAAGGCUGUUACUGACUGGAAUGAAACCCUAAAUAGACACUGCACAGAGACAGGCUGUUUCUGAUUUAUAGCCGAUGUUUGGCUUAAAAUUGGCAAAAACAUAUUGUUAAAUUCAUAUAAUAAAGAUAUUACUUGGCAUAGCGAUAUGUAUUUAAACCAAUUGAAAGAAUGAUUUGCCGCUUUGAAUCGAAUUGCAUACCUAAAAUAACAACUCUCAAAUAUUUUUUUUCGUUUUGCCAAAUGGACGCGGAUUGUUUCUAAUGAUUCGUAUAAUUUAGUCUCGUUGUCAAAUGCGUAAGUAUAAUUUCGAUGUUUCGGUAACAUAGCAAUCAUGAUAGUUUUCGAUUUGUUUCAUUGGCAUGUGAUUUUGACAAUUACGGUGAAGUGUUUUGUAUAAAUUGUGAUGUAUCGGGGUACUGUAGGUCUUCGCGCGUGUUACAAAGGAAUAUACUAUUUGUUGAAGCAAUGAACUGCACAGAUAAUUUUUGAUUAUCAUUAUAUUUCAUCUAGAGAAAAUACAAUUACAGUGAGCGUCACGUAACUUUGCCGCUCUGAGUUAAGCAAUUUAUUACUGCGUAUUAGUAAUUUUAUCACCGAACAUAGCGAGCGUUGUUAUUGUUCUAAGAUAAAUGAAAUUAUUAUUUCACCCUUACGAAGUCGUAACGGGCAGCUACUAUGAAAUAUAAUUGUAUAAUUUGGAAUUUGGAGUAGAAUGAAAGGUGUCCAACUAGCCAGUAUUAAAAAUACACAAAAUUUCAUAGUUAAGAACCAUAUAUCCAAAUGUAGAGAUAAUUCUAUUACAGUGCGCGUCAUGUGAUUUUGCCGCUAUGAAAUAGGCAGUAUAUGACUUAGUAGUCAAUAUUAGCACUAGCUUUGAGGCGUUGCUAUUGUUUUUGGAAAUAAAUUUUAAGUGGAUAUGCAGUCAAGUCUAAUAGUAUUUAUUGUAUUGCAAAUUAGAUACUCGUUUACUAUUCAAGAACUCUGUGUAGUGCCAUAAUAUAGCAGAGCUAUAAGUAAAUCGCAUGGAAUAUGUAAAUCAGUGUAAUUACAGGCACAAGGGACAUAAAAUCUUAGUUCCCAAGGUUGGUGGCGCAUUGGCUAUAAGCGAUGGUUGACAUUUCUUAGAAUGCCAAUGUCUAAGGGCGUUUGGUGACCACUUACCAUCAGGUGGCCCAUAUGCUCGACCACCUUCCUAUUCUAUAAAAAAAAAAAACUACGGUCUAUUUAUCUCCUUCGAUCGGAAUAGGCUAUAAGAGCGAGAAAUUCAAUUUCGGAUUUGGAUAAAUUAGAUUCGGAGGUUAAUAAAGUAUUUUCAAUAAAUAAUCAAUUAUUUUUGGAGCUUAUGCAAGUCUAUAUUCACCGAUUAUUCUUGCCCUCCGUGUACUUAAGAAUGAGUAAUUAGUUGUUAAAAAACAUGGAUUCCAUUUUAACGCGUUGUUCAAAUGAAACAGAAUUUUAUAGGAAAAUGUAUGGUAUUCAUUAGUAUACCACUACCACUACACCAACGGAAUACCACAUUACUCUUGGAUAUACUAUUCGAUUAAAAAACGAAUAAAUAUAAUCGGAUCACAAUCAGUAAAUAUAUCAUAUAUGUAUAAAUUUUCGUCCGAAUUGAUAUCGCCUUUAAUAAGGUGUCCGUUUUAUAUUAAAACUAUAAAGUGAUUUCAAAACUAAAUAAUUAUAAAAAGAAUUAGUACCCUUGUUAUUUAAAAAAUUUUUUAAUGAAUUUUGUCCCUUCGUGGCCUUGACGAAGGACUGUUAUUUGGGAAAGUUACACGACGCUUUAUCUUAAUUCUGAUGAGUGUAUUUGUCUGUUGAAACACGAAUACGUUUGACGACUAGCCUGCUAGUCUUAAUGAGAACAUAUUAAACCUGUUAUUUAUCCUCCAAGGGCAUAGUUAAUUAACAGUUUUGAGACGUGAACACAAAUUGUAACAUACAAACUUUCUGAUUUACUGGUCAUUGCACCCGCUCGAGCUGGGUCGACAGUCUUAGGGUGAAGGGUCCUGGCGUACAGUACACGUUUCCACACAGCAAUCUCGCCCGUAUGUCUUUCUUUUGAUAAAAAUGUCAAAAAUUAAACAUCUAAUGUUAUUUUGAUGACAAUUUAUAUGUAAAUAAAACUUUUAUCGUGCCAUGUAUUUAUUACAAUUAGUUGAAAUUGUAUAUCAAUUUAUUUUAUCUUAUGUCAACAAUUUAUACAAACGAUGAAUCUCAUUUAUAUUGUGAGUUUGAGAAAUGUAAUCG